AGGAAAAAAAAAAGAGGGGGCGAAGGAGAGAUCAAGGCGCUUUGAAAACAGAGCCCGAGAGAGAGAGAGAGAGAGAGAGAGAGAGAGAGGAGAAGCGACGCGUAAAGGAGGAAAAAAAAAGGAGAGAAAAAAGGGGAAAAAUUUGGGAAUAUAAUUCGUGAUCGAGCUCGAAAACGUCGUCUCUGUAGCUCGAUUCGACCUCUCAUUACCUCGAUCGCCGACGAUCGGAGCUUGUGGAACCUUCGGGAAGCAGAUGGAGCUGUACGGACGGGGCGCCGCGGCGGCUGCGGCGGGGGGCGGCGGCGGGGGCGAGGGGGCUCGCAAGGAGCCCGAGACUGGGUUAGAAGAAUCGAUGUGGAGGUUGGGAUUGGGGGCCGAUUCCGCGUUCCCGGAGAGGCCCGGGGAGCCCGAUUGCCUGUUCUAUCUUCGCACGGGGUCGUGCGGGUACGGAGAAAGGUGCCGGUAUAAUCAUCCUCCCGAUCGCGGUGGAACAUUGGCUGGGGCUGGAAGGAUGGGAGCGGCGCAGUAUCCAGAACGAGUGGGGCAACCCCUUUGCGAAUACUAUAUGAAGACCGGGACUUGCAGAUUUGGUCCCAUGUGCAAAUAUCACCACCCAAGACAAGGAGGUGGAUCUUUACAGCCAGCCAUGUUGAAUUAUUAUGGAUAUCCGCUGCGUCCGGGCGAGAAAGAUUGCUCCUACUACAUGAAGACAGGCCAAUGCAAGUUUGCUUCCAGUUGCAAAUACCACCACCCGCAACCUAGUGGUGUCUCGUUGCCAUCGCCCACAACAACCAUUUAUCCAACGGUACAGACCCCUUUGGCAAGCUGGCAAGUUGGGCGGCCUUCAGUUUUACCUGCUGGAUCCUACGUCUCUGGCUCUUAUGGUCCUGUGCUCUUCUCGCCAGGUGUUGUCCCGGUGCAGGGUUGGAAUCCUUAUCCGGCGCCUGUGAGUUCAGUAGUAUCUUCCGGUGGACAACAAGUUGUUCAAGCAGGACCCGUCUAUGGCUUAUCCAAUCAGCCAGCUGUACCUUCUUAUACAGGUUCUUAUGUGCCUUUGUCUCCUUCGGCUGGGUCAGGCGGUAGUCAAAGAGAACACAAAUUCCCACAGCGGCCCGGCCAGCCUGAGUGCCAAUUUUAUAUGAGGACAGGGGAUUGUAAAUAUGGGGCCGCUUGUAAAUACAACCAUCCUCCGGAGUGGAGCGUAAAAAAGACGAAUUGCCUUCUUAGCCCUCUCGGUCUCCCUAUUCGUCCGGGCGCUCAGCCGUGCACUUACUAUGCUCAGAACGGAUUCUGCAAAUUCGGGCCGACAUGCAAGUUCGAUCAUCCGAUUGGUACUAUGAGCUACAGCCCCUCGGCAUCUUCUCUCUCUGAAAUGCCCAUUGCUCCCUUUCCUCUUGGGUUUUCUCUCACUACUUUGCCUCCAACAUCAUCGUCAUCAUCGGAGUUCGUGAAGGAAUCAAUUCCCACUCAAAAGAUAUUAUCUAAGAAUUCUUCAAGUUGACAAAGGUUGGUUUUUUGCCCCAACCCACCCUCAAAUUUUUGCAGCUAAGAAAAAUCCAAGAGAAAUUCUUUUUCAAAUUCUUCUGUCGAUAUUGCUGUUCUCUCACACGACCUUUCAUCGCCCUUGACUCGAAUGGAGAUUUCCACCUUUUUUGAUCCGAAGUGAUUCGACAAUCCCACCAUCUUUUCAUCAUUUAUCUCGCUUCCACACAAUCUCCAACCGUGCAAACUUAAAUCUCCUGCGAAUAAGGCUGCAGCCCAUGUAGAAAAGGCAACGCAAAACCCCACUGAAUUCCGCUUUUCGAUUUUAAUAAUUGCAUCCACAAAUCAAAGGCAAGCUCAAAAUUUUCGAACUUUGGAGAUGAGAAAACAAAAAAAAAAAAGAAAAGAAAAAAAGAAGAAGAAAGAAAGAAGCAGAUCUUGUGUUAUAUGGUUCUCCAACGACGACUCUUCAUGAUCUAGGGCUUCUGGCUCCCUCGGUACAUAACUCUCCAGCAAAGAAAGGUAACAGUUCUAGUCUUUCGAGCAAAUUUACAUGCCAAAGGGCUCUACUGGAUUUCGCCCUCUCGACGUGCCGAAGAUGCUACUACUUUUGUACUUCUUCAAGUGUAUUCCGAGAAUUUGAGAUAAUGUAAUAUGUGAUUAUACCUACCUGAGACAGGGGAUGCUACACUAAACCAUUCCAAAUGCUUAAUUUAAUCAUUCUCAACACAGAUUUAACUGAUUCUGUCUGGAUGUGAAAGUGUUUUUUUUUUUUAAAUAUCAUUGGAAGAAUCAAACUUGGUCGGGUGGCGAUUUCAAAUUGUCCUGUGGAGAUUUAACCAUA